UAGUUUUCAUCGAUCGCGCGGCGACGGCGCUCUCUACCGGCGACCUCAACCAUUACGCAAUCGUUGCUUGUUUCCUAGUGUUAAUGUGUACUCGGUGCCCUCUUCGUCGACAUGUAAUCUCGUUGCUGAAAACAAACCUAAGUGGAGUUUACAUCGUAAAGGUCGAGCAGUUACGUGAGGAUGAUAUAACCAACUCUCAGUGUUAACCAAGUGAUAAUAUGUUGACUGUGUGUUUAACGAUUUUAUCGCGACUGCCUCAAUACAAAUAUUGUGAAACGCUCAUAGUAACGGCAUAAAUCCACCACUUUUGAGAUGAAAAGGGAAAAUACAAGAAAAUUAUUUUGUCAAAUCGGCUGGGUGAGCGAUGAGGGGGUGGUUUGACGCUUUCCGCGAGGAAGGCGGUCCGACUCUGUAUGCUUACCAUAACCGCACCGCAGUCGCAGCAGAUGUCCCAGCCUUGGCACUUAUCGUUGGCGCCGUGACUCUCUACUUAGCGUUUCUUGCUAUAUUUCCAGGUGUCAGGAAGGAGAGAUUUUCAACAUUCGUCAUAGUUACACUGAGUUUGUUCGUCGGCACUGUUAUACUUGUAUGUAAACACGGAUCUUCGUGGCAUGUGGCCGGUACGCGUAUCGCGCGAGCGGCGUACCGCGCUUUUUCCGCGGAACGCAUCGACUGCUGGCUGGCCAUACACGUGGGUUUAGGACAUGUCAACGUCACCCUCUCAGCCCUUCCGUGGGGCAACUUAACAAAAGGGGACCCCGGCGUAGACUACAACGAACAGUUUCAAUGGGAAGAAGCCGGUGCUAUACAGGAGUGGUACCGAGCUGGCUUACUUCGUGGUCUUCCAUACCCCUUGCUUUCGGUGGCUGAACAUUUCGCCGUGGAGCACGAAGGGUUCGAAUGGGGGGCGAAGUACCGUGCGGCAGGCUACACCACCACAACGCUCCUUUGGACGGCAUUUGCGUUAUGGCUGGUGAUGAACCUACUCCUAGUGGUGGUGCCACGAUAUGGGGCUUACGCUAUGACCGUUCUCGGAGCGACCCUUUGUGCUGCUGCAGGCGGUUAUUGGGCGUCAUUACCCCAAGAUCCUCUAGUUGUGAGGUUGGAUGGUGCCAUGCUUUUCUUUUCUAUGGGAUGGUGCUUUUGGCUAGUCCUUAUGGCAGGAUGCAUUUGUCUAGUUGUAGGAUUAUUCAUAUCUGCAUUGGAUCUGGUUUGGCCGCACAGAUUCUCUACAAUAUUAGAAGUUGACUAUGACACUCCUUAUGAUCGUCAUGUUCUUAUUGUGGAUAGCCGACAGAGGGCGCGACCUCAGGCCCAAGCUUCGUUACCUUCUAGAAUAUUAAGAAGGCUAUCCUCAAAGACCCGAGACACAGAGCGACAGGUAUCGAUGUCCAUAGUGAACGAGAGUCGGGAGCGAGGCCGAGACAACCCCGCCUUCCACCACGAGAUACGGAAACCUAACUCUCCCUGGAGGUAUCCUCUCUUCAGACGGCAAAUCGACCGUGUGGAUUCAGCUUCAAGCAUAGGUUCUAGCAUAAACGGUAAUAGUUCAGGGAUCAAAAUGUCACCUUUAGCAACACAAACAAUUCCAACUCACAGAUAUAGACCACAAAUACCGGCAGCAGAACGUGUUAAGGACAUGUGGUGAUGACGGAUUGAUAUUCUUAACGUCAGAGCCAGAGUUGAGAUAAGUCUCGACUACCAACCUGGCUAUUUUUGCGCACUUUUUAAAAUAAAUUUGUAAAUAUGUACAUUGAAUAUGAAUUAGUUAAUAGACUGGACAUGUUCAACCAGUGUCCUACUUAUUGUCAUUAUAAUUCGAAUAAUAAUAAAUUCCAGUGGCAAAAAGCCUAACUAAAAUUACUAAGCAAGUAUUUAUAUUACUAUUAAUAAGUUAUUUCGACACAAGUGAAUAAUUUGUGCCAUGUUAAAGACUUUAUUUCUAUUACAUUUCAUACACUGUGGCAACUAAAUUCAUUUUAGUUUUAAUAAUUAAUAGUCAAUUAGGUUUCAAGAUUUUUUCGAUCGUAGUAUGAACGCUUCAUCGAACGAUCUUAAACGCGUCUCCUUAGGAUAGGGAAUUGAAGAGAGGUGCAGGGGAGCAUAUGCUGGAUCCUAAAUGCAGUUUGUUUAUUUUGGAAUCAAUAGAAAUCUCUCGUAAUAAUUACGAUAGGUCGAUUAGCCGAACUAAAAGGAAUUUUAUCAACAAAAUCGACAAUGUGUAAAUGAUUAAGAAAAUAUUUUGUGUAAAAAAGUCUGUAUUGAUUUUAAUUCUUCUUCACCUAAGAGGGCAAAAUUUUCUUUUCCAAAACGUCUAUUAAGUCCGGUGUAUACUUGUUUGAUUUUUAAUUUAACAAAAAAUUUAGCAGGCUUCAUAAGUGUAUUUUACAAUAAUUAUUUUAACCACAAAUAUAAAGUAUGCUGCGAUACUUAUAAUACUUGUUUUAAUAAAAAUGUGACUCAAAACUUGUACAAUAUCAUCUCUAAACAUAAGGAUAGUUUUAAUUAAGCCUUCAAAGUCAUUUAUUGUAAGCAUGACAUAGAUAUAAGUUAUUUAUUCUCGAACAGUUAUGUACCUAUAUAAUUAUAAAGUGACCUGUGCAAGAUUACGAAGCCUCGUUUUAAUGUACUAAAAUAAAAUAGGCUUUAUGUGCGCGAAAGGCAAGAAAUUGAAAUAUUUAUUUUGACGAAAAAUAUAUCGCUGCAACGCA